AUGUCUAUGAUCAGCAGAAUUGCUAUGAGAGCUGCCCGCCCAACUAUGGGUAUGGCUAUGCGUUCAGCAGCACCAAUUGGUAUAAGAUUUGCAUCCACCACUCCAGUUGAUCCAAAGCAAAAGGCUUCUUCCAUCAUUGAUGCCUUACCAGGUAACAACUUAUUAUCCAAGACCGGUGUUUUAGCCACCUCCGCUGCUGCCGCCGUCUAUGCCAUCUCCAACGGUGUUCUUGUUAUUCAUGAUGAAACCAUUUUAAUUGUUACCUUCUCCACCUUUGUUGCCUUAGUUGCCAAAUUCGUGGCCCCAUUAUAUACUGAAUGGGCUGAUAGUGAAAUCAAGAAGGUUAAAGAUAUCUUAAACUCCGUCAGAGUCAAGCACGUUGCUGACGUCAACGAAAGAAUUCAAGCCGUUUCUCAAUUAAAGGAUGUUGUUCCAACCACUAAGGCUUUAUUCUCCAUUUCUAAGGAAACUGCUCAAUUAGAAGCUGAAAACUUUGUCUUAAAACAACAAUUAGCCGUUUCUCAUGAAGCCAAGUCUGUCUUAGAUUCCUGGGUUAGAUUUGAACAACAACAAAGAGCUUUAGAACAAGAACAAUUGGCCAAGUCUGUUAUUGACAAGGUUAACAAGUCAAUUGAAAAUCCAAAGUUCCAAGAAAAGGUUUUAGCUGAAGCUGUUACCGAAGUUGAAAGAUUAUUCGCUAAGAACUAA